AUGGAGAGACCAGUGAAGGAUGGGAUCCUCUAUGUGCAGCACUGCAAAUUUGGAAAGAGGUCCUGGAGGAAGAUGCGAGCACAGCUGUUUGCUGCCAGUUCCUAUGGUGUGGCGCGCAUGGAGAAGUUCGAUGUGCGGGAUGAUGGUGUGACCCCGGAGAAGACAUCCCUGCAGCGCUGUGCCCGGCGGGUCAUCCGCCUCUCCGACUGUGUCUCUGUGGGCCCUGCAGGCACGGAGAGCUGCCCCAAAGCCACUGCUGCCUUCUAUCUCACCACCACAGAGAAGAGCUACGUGCUGGCGGCAGAGCAGAGGGACGAGUGGAUCUCCCAGCUCUGCCAGCUGGCUUUCCAGGGUGCAAAAGAGACGAGGACCCAGCCCAGCCCUGCUGUCCCCAUGGAAGAGAACUCCCUCUACUCUUCCUGGCAGGACUUGACUGAAUUCCCAGUGCUGGUGGUCCAGACGGAUGCAGCCACCCGCUGUGGCCUGCACGGGCACUACUUGCUCUCGGCCCUUCCUCAGAGCCUGACGCUGAAGGAUGCCCAGUCCCACCAGGCUCUGCUUACCUGGCCCUACCCCUUCCUCCGCAAGUUUGGCCAGGAUCAGACUGUCUUCUCCUUCGAG